AUGGAGAAGCUGAGAGCCAAGUUAUUGAUGCCAACUGUGGUGGAGGAUAGUAGUGCAGGACACGAAGGUAGUGACCAACCCUCAUCAGAGACUGCUGUAACACCCAAACCGAAACUUGCUCAACUUGGCCGGUCAAACAGUAAACUUGCAACAUGGAAUCUCCUCAAACGCAAGAUAAGCUUCACGGCAUCAGGUAAAGGUGUCCACAUGGGGAGUCCGAUGUUGGGUCGGUCUAAACGGCUCCAUAGCUUAAGCUCAACAUCAGAACAAUCUGUACCUAAGAUGGAGAACACAUUCAGAAUAACUCCAGACGAUAAGAAUACAUUUAAACCAUUGUCAGUACAACAAGAGAUUGCAGAUGUCUUAGAAGGAGUUCUUGGUAGUAUGGAGUACAACCCAAUAACAAGUGGGAGGAUUACUACUCGUUUAUCUGAAGCCAUCAAGGUUCGAGUCAAGGCGUUGCAAUUCAAGAGACACAAGCUCGUUGUACAUGUUUUGGUUGGUUCUCAUGAUGGUCAGAGUAUGGAAUUAGCAAGUCGAUGUUUAUGGAAUCAAGACACUGAUAGUUACGCCUCAGCUAGCUAUCAGAAUACUUCACUGUUUGCCAUUGCAUCUGUUUACGGUGUUUAUUACGAAUGA